CCUCCCACCUCCCUACCUACCCUGUCCUCCCUCUCUCGCCCUCCGGACCCCGUAGACGCUGCUCUCCCGGGAUUCGCGCUUUUUCCAACCCGAAGCUGGGAGCUGGAUGCAGGGGAUGAGAACAAGGAUUGCCUGUUGGUUCCUGAUGGCUUUUACCAUAUUGACACAGCUUACGAUGGCAUCCAAAGUUGAAAAGACUCGUGCUUUACCGCCGUGCUGUAGCACAGAAUCCCUCAUUUCCAGCAUCGGUCUGGGGAUCUUCUGCCUAGUGGCCGACAGACUUCUUCGGUUUCCCAUAAUUCAGCACAAUGACUGGCUUCGUGCCCUCUCAGAUAACAUAGUACACGGAGUGAUCGGCAUGUGGUCAUGGGCAGUAGUCACUGGAAUCAGGAAGAAGUCUGACUUCGGAGAAGUUCUCUUAGCAGGAUUCUUAGCGUCUGUCAUUGAUGUGGACCAUUUUUUUCAAGCUAGAUCCUUAUCUUUGCAGGCCGCUUUGACUCUCCCGAGGAGACCUUUCCUUCACUGCUCCACUGUGAUACCCGUCGCGGUUCUGAGUGUGAAGCUCGCCCUGCACUUGUUCAAGCUCAGGGACUCGUGGCGCUUUCUCCCGUGGAUGGUAUUCGUUUCCUGGACCUCACACCAUAUCCGAGAUGGAAUCCGUCAUGGCCUGUGGAUAUGCCCAUUUGGAAAAACUCCUCCUUUGCCCUUCUCGUUUUAUGUAAUAAGCACGUUGUCCCUGCCACACCUGUGUUCAUGCCUGAUGUAUUUAACAGGGACCAGACAAACGAUGUCUUCAAAAUACGGAGUGCGUAUUGAUGUCUGAGAUGACCAUAUAUAUAUGGCUCUAAGAGAAGGAACUAGUUCAGAUGAUCCAAUAUUCAAGUGAAACUUAUAAAACAUAGGCACUUUAUUAAGUUUUUACAGUUCGUGUGCCCUCUUGUCUGUGAGCAUGCUCAGUACUUGUGCGCCCCUCUUGUCCAGGCAUGCUCAGUACUUACACUUCUGUCUUUACGUGUGUAUCCAGUGCAGUACUGGAUUUGCCCUCAUUUCAUGCUGGAUCCAGUGUUGCCGCUGCUUUGUCUGACAUUAAUGGUUUUGUCUUAUUAACAUCUAACGCAUUGUCUAGACAUCUCUCUUGAAAACCAGUCCAUCUCCUGACCAAAAAGCUCAAAGUUCUGGAUCACUAAUUUGGAUUUAUAUUUUUCUGAGCCACUAAGACAAUGAAGAGGGCAAAAUAAAUGUUUAUGAUAAGACAUAAGUCAAGAGCUAACAAUUAUUUCAUAUAAUGUUGGUCCUGACUGAAGUAAUGACAUUAAAAUGUUUUGUGGAUAGUAGUUAUUGGCACUAUCUAAAAUAAUAGCAUUAAAUCUAAGUUAUAUUUUCAGAAACCAAUUUAGGAAGUGAUUAUUAUCACAUUAUCUGUAAUUACAUUCACCGAAAUUCAUGGUGGGUGGUGGUUAAUGUCUUUGGCCAAGAAUCUCAUACUUUUCACUGAUUUGGAAAACAUGACUGGAUGUUUAAAAAUAUUUGUUGACAAAGAGACUUAACAAAACAAUAACUGGAUCAUCACUAAACUUAAAACACAAAUGCAGUCAUGAGCAAUGGCGUCGUUUCAGAUGCAGACUGCUGACAGCCACUAAAUCUGCAACAGUGCGGACGGAGACUGUUACAUACUAGCCUAGAAGAUGUAUGAAAUUAAUUUUUUAAAUAAUCUCUGUACUGAGAAAUAAAAGACUUUUCAAAAUAAA